GCCGAAGCCAGCCUGGUGCGAUGUGGCGCCACCGCCGCUAGCGCAGCAGCUGUUGAACCAGCUGUUGUUGCAGGCGCCGGCGCCAAUGCCGGUUUAUCGGCGGGUGCGGUACGAGUUGGAUUGACUACGAACACCGUUCCUGUUCAAGAUAGACCACAAAACAACAACGGCCAACGAAUUGUUGUCGCUAAACAGCAGCAAUGCAGCGUGCACAACAAGACUUGGUCGCCCGACAACCACCAUGAUGUUGAUGAAAGCCAAGUGGAUGAUGUUAACGACACUGGUGGACGAUGUGCUACAAAUGGUGAUGAUGCAGUUGACGCCACAGCCGCAGCAACAACAGUUGACAGUAAAUACACCGAUGUGGAAACUGUUGUGGCCGGCGCUGCCGCUUCCGUCACCGAUAUGGUUCAACAAAUUGGCAAAGUGGAUAAUAUGACAUCCAAUGCAUCGUUGGAACGCUGCGCCAAUAUACGUAAAUUACUUGAGCAACAGCACCGCAAGUGGUGGCGCAAUCAACUGCAGGGCCAACAAGAGUGGUGGGCCGAUGCGGACAGCUACAAUUUAACUGCAUUCAAUCAAAUCAAUGGAAUCUGGCCGCUUGGACAUCCGCUACCAUUGCCCGAUUGGGCAGCGACUUGCGAUGAUGAACACAGCAAGGGAAUAUUAAACUUCGAUUCGGUUUGGGAAUAUGAGGAUCUAAAUGCGAUUAUUGAGACCAAAUUACAUCGUAUGCUUGAAGAAACACAUUAUGAUACAGUUAAUUUAUUCGUGGAUUUUUAUCGCGCCUUCAAACGUACACGACGCUCGGAUCUGAAAUCAUUCUUCCAAUUCUACGAUUUACCCAUUAAUAGGCGUCAUCACAUGUGUGUUUCACUGGCUAUGGAGAUAAUGACACGCAUCAUUGAGAUCUUUCCAGUAUUACAGCAUUAUCUGUAUCUGGUUUCGUGCGAGGAACAGGUCAUGUCACAGAGUGACUACAUUGAAGGCACUGAAGAAGUCGGUGGACUGAACUCGCCACAUGCCAAUGUCGAGAAAGAGCACGCUAUGGUAGCUAUGAAGAUUUCUAUUGCCGGACGUGAAGGUGUAAUGAUAUUGGAUCCGGGUUAUCAUAUCGGACGAGCUGUUACCGUGAUGUCGGACCAAAUGUAUCCACAUACGGGUUGGUUCACACAGUCGAAAGAAACGCAUCUGCAACGUGACUAUUGUUACAAUUAUUGUCUGCAUAGCAAGAAGUAUGUUGAAUGGAUGGAACGUGAGACACGUGGCGAUGAGCAGUCUUUCAAAUCGUCACUCAUUUACAUCGAACAGCCCUAUAUGACCGCCAUCGAUGUGACCGUGCGUCGUAAUUUAGCGUACAACUUCCGUUCGCUGUUAUCACGUGAUGCAAAAGGACGCGUAUUUGCAGGUAUUUACCUGCCGGUUGUGCCAAACUGCAAUGAAUCACAUUUCACAAUAUUCUACGAUGGACCGAAUGACCAACGCGUAAAAGUUAAAUUCAUGUUCAAUGUCUUCAAAAAUCCAUCGAAGAUUCCAGACAACGUGCAACAACAUUUGAAUAAAUUGGCACCGCAGUUAAAUAUGAAGGAAAAGGAGCUAACUGAACUUUGUAAAUCCUUAGCCGAGGUUAUAAAUGACCAGGACUUCGUGAGGCAACUAUUGGCUAUCAACGAGGAAAUCGGCAUUAUGUCAGCUGAAAAUUGACAAUUAAAGGAUAAGAAGGUCGAUGCUGAUCUGAAGGGUGUGGACGACAACAAAACAUCCAAAUCGAGUGGCACAGCAACAGCCACAACGACGAUGAAAAUAGAAUCAGCCAGUAUGAGCUCAGCAUAAACUUAAAUAUUUUUUUCUGCAACUUAAAUACAUAUUUUCACUGCAUACUCAUAAAAAAAUUUGAAGUAUAACAAAAUAGUACAUAAAAAAUAUAUGUAUAUGUAAACAACAAUUUUACGAUUCUUCAUAAAGCACUUAAGAGAAACAACAAAAUUAAAGCAUGAAAAAUUAAGGGUACAUAUAAUCAUAUAUGGGGCUAAUAGUUUAUUGGUAGUUUGAAAAUAUUUAUUCUUAACUUUAAACAAAAAUUAAUUAUUCCACAUAUGUAUACACAGCUAUGUAACUCUAACGAAAAAACUAUAUACUGUAUACAUGAGUGCAAGGUAUUUGGAAAAAUCAAACCAUAUAGUUUAGUUUUUACAGUAUAGAGGACGAUUAAAAAUUUAUAAAAGUAUCUUUUCACAACGUAAAUAUGUUUUACAAUUAAUUAAUUAAUAACAUUUUCAUUUAACGAUCGCUUAGAGCCUAACUUUAAAGCUAACUAUGGAUAUCAUGUCAUGCGAGUUUUAAGCACCUCAAUAAAAAAAAGCAAUGUUUGUAGUAUUUUAUUGCGUACAGCGUAUUGCCCACAUUUAAGAAUCGUAAAAAAAUAAUAUAAAAAACAUUUAAAUCACGUUUGUAAACGAUAUAAUGGCAAGCAAAUAGGUUAAAGCAUAGACGCUACUUUCAAAUGCAAGCUUGCUUGCAGUAUAGCAAACAUACACACAAACACCUUCACACAAAGACAUGAUAUCCAUGGAAAUGCAGUAAACCUUGUAUGCAGUAAACUUGUAACUAACCCAAAAACUUUGCCUAUUUAUACACCCGCAUAUUAUAUUGUAUUAUUAUUAUAAUGGUCAUACUUUAAUUUAGUGUUUCCAGUAAAAAAAAAAACAAAGAAAAAA